GCGCUGCCGGAGCUCCGAGUCCGGGCCUGGGGACUCGGGAUCCCGCCGCCGGGGCCGCAGCAUGGGGCGCUUCGGCGGGGCCCUGCGGUGCAUCAAGUACCUGCUGCUCGGCUUCAACCUGCUCUUCUGGCUGGCAGGGUCGGCAGUCAUUGCUUUUGGACUGUGGUUUCGGUUUGGAGGCACCAUGAAGGAUUUCUCGUCGGAGGACAGUUCCCCAGAGUACUUCUACAUGGGGCUCUACGUGCUGGCUGGAGCGGGGGCCCUGAUGAUGGCCGUGGGCUUCCUCGGCUGCUGUGGAGCCACGCGGGAGUCCCAGUGCGUUCUCGGAUCUUUUUUUACCUGCCUAUUGGUGAUAUUUGCUGCUGAAAUAACCACUGGAGUAUUUGCUUUUAUAGGCAAGGAUGUAGCUAUACGACAUGUUCAGACCAUGUAUGAAGAAGCUUAUAACGAUUACCUUAGAGACAGGGAAAAGGGAAAUGGGACUCUCAUUACCUUCCACUCAACAUUUCAGUGCUGUGGAAAAGAAAGCUCUGAACAGGUCCAACCGACCUGCCCAAAGGAGCUCCUAGAACACAAGAAUUGCAUUGAUGAAAUUGAGCGCAUCAUCAGCGUUAAGCUCCAGCUCAUCGGAAUUGUCGGUAUUGGAAUCGCAGCCCUCACGAUCUUUGGCAUGAUAUUCAGCAUGGUCCUUUGCUGUGCGAUACGAAAUUCACGAGAUGUCAUAUGAAGCUACUUCUACAUGUAAAGUUGUAAUCUAGAGCAUACAAAUGUCACAGGAGCUGUCUCCUGGCUCAUUUUUAAUAUUCAAAGGACAUUAGGAUCUAAAAUAAUUUGCUGUUAAUUGUACAUUUGCACAUGUAUGUAUGUUUGGCUCAUUACUGGUUUACCCCUUGAGUGAAUGCCUAUGUGUGUUGACUGAAGCAUAUUCAUGUGUGAUCUGCAUGUUUCUGGUAUAUGCAUAAUGAAAUCUGUUUGCUGGGAAUUCCUGAUUCUUGUUAUGUGAGAGAAACACAUAUUUAACUCUCAGAAAAAGAUCAAAAAGCUUUGAUAAACUUUAAAAACUGGGUUAUUUAGGAAAAAAAUAUGAUAGUGGGUCAGUUUCUCAGACUCUAGACAUAGGAAGUUAGAUACAGAGAAUUCAGGGAUUUCUAGUUUGUGGAAGCAAUAAGCUACAGGAAUUGAGAGAUCAUGGUGCAGUGUUAAAAGUAACUGUGUUUGGGUUAGGUGUAAGGGUUUCCUGGGAUUUUUCUUAUAUACAUACUCUCCCCAGAAUUCAGGACUAAACACAUCUAUAAAACUAAAUAUAGCUUGGAAAAUCUAAUUUGACUAAGUCAUACUUUCCUAGUAUUUAAAAAACAAAACAAAACAAAGAAAACGUUGCUCUGGAAAGAGGUGUCACACAGACAAUCACAUGCCCUAUAAAACUGAGUGUUUUUAGGACUAGAAAGAAAAUCUUUUAACAACUUUUUAAGGAAAUAUUUUUGUUCUUAUAUAAAGACAUUUAAAUAUUGCUUUAUGACUUUCCUUUUCUGACUCUUCCCUGAACUACUGUAACCCCCACAUACACAAAAGGGCUUUUAUCUCCAACUUUUCUGUAUUUCUUCAGAUGUAAGCAUAGAAAGACUAAAGCAAGAGAUCUGGCAGUUGCGAAUUGUGGGAAAGAGAAUUUUUACUGGCACUGUAUCUUUGAAAUACCUCAUAACUUGAGUUUACAUAUUUUCCUAAUUUUUUGGUAUUUUUCUUAUUUAUUCACCUAGAGAAUUCUUCUUUAUAGAUUAAGAACUACAGUUUUUGCCACUUAAAAUAUACUAUAUCAUGAGCAUCUUAGCCAAACCAAAAUAAAGAAAAACAUCCUCUCCUAGUUUUGUGCACACAAGAGAGACAAGCUAAGGAAACAAAAAUACACACACAACAGAAAUAUGUUCCUUCUGUGCAGGUCUCCUAUAAAAAUAAAAUGUUUGUGUUCUUUAUGGUCUUGACGCUUCAUUGUAAUCCCAAAUUUACAAUCUAAAUUGACAUAUACGUCCAUUUUUAAAUAGCAACUUGGUACAUUUAGUAAAUCAUGGAUUUUUUAAAAUUACAUUUUAAAAGGCCACACAAAAAUGAAAGUAUGGGGGACUUUUGGAAACCCCCAAGUAAGUUUGUACUCAUGUGAGAACACAAGUCUUUGGGUCUACACUAAAGGAGAGUGUGCACUCCGAGAAAGUUCUACAAAACAUUUUGCUGAGAACGUGUAACCAUUUGAAAUAAUCUCACUCCCAUAGGGAACCACAUUUCUCCUGCCAUACUUGCUAUUGCUACUAACUGUGGAGGAAGAUUUCUAGAAAAAAAGUCAGACUGGAAGCAAGCCAAAAAUUUAAUUGUGCAUGGCUACUUUGCUGUGUCUGUAGCUAACAGAAAGACUAUUUUAAGAAACUCAAUAGAUGUUUCUACCCUGGUAGUUGAGAAGUAGAGCUUUUUAAGUAAAGAACAAAAAGCCACCAUCUCUCCUGGUGGCUUAUUUCACCUGUCUGCCUGAAGACAGGAAACAGGCUUAAGGGCAUACUUAGGUUUCUUCCAGCUCAGAAUCUUCUGGGAUUCAACAAAAGUGAGUUUCAUUCUAUAUCUGAAUUAACCUUAAAGAAGUGUAGCUAAAAGUGGAAGAGUAGAGAUUUGUUCCAUAUGUGAUUAAAGUGUGACUUUUGGGAGUAAUUUUUCUAAAGUAUGUGCCAUGAGUAAAAUUAGAGAAUUUCAUCUCUGAGUGAGGGAAGAAUUACAUACCUAUAUAUCUUGAAUCUACAUAUGCAUCUUGAAUAUAUAUCUCUUGAAUAUAUAUACAUGUAUAACUUGAACAUAUGUAUACGUGUGUGUAUAUAUAUGUAUAUGUGCACACAUACAUGUAUACAUAUAUGUGUACAAAUAUAUACACACACGUAUAAAGUUUUGAUUAUAUCUGUUUAUCUGAACUAAUUUGAGAUCAGGCCCAAAGAUUUUCUUAAAUGUAUGGUGCCAAGGCACAGAAUUAAAACUUCUUGAUGAAAUAUUUUAAGUUAUUUCAAAUUAAAUUUUCUAUGUACCAGAA